GCAAGCGCACGUCUUCCAACCAAUCGCAGUGCUUCGUCGUCGCGCAAAGUGCUAAAAGUAUAAAUAGACAGUUUAAUAACCGGGGGCUUUUCUGCUACUGUAAAAGUGUCAUGCGGUCCACGGCACCGAUUAUCUGCAACUCGACGAUGGUGGUGAUUUCCGUGUUGCUGUUUGCGCUCCUAAUCGGCGGACCAACUGGAGGAGGUGUCAGCGGGCACCGGUUCGGGUACUCGAAGCCGGACCAACGGCGCUGGUCGAAGGCACACCAGAGCUGCGCCGGCAAACACCAGUCGCCGAUCGCUAUCAGCAGCAGCCGGGCGGUUCCACUCUACAUGCCGGCGAUCGAGCUGGUCGGCUACAACAACCUGCUCCCCGGGCCGAUCACCGUGCACAACAAUGGCCAUUCCGUGUCCCUCGCGAUUCCGAAAACGGACCCAACCAAGGGCAAGCAUCCGUACAUCUUUGGUGGGAAGCUGCAGAACGAGUACGAGCUGGAAGGGCUUCACUUCCACUGGGGUGACAAAAACAGCCGCGGUGCCGAGCAUGUGCUCAACGAUAUCAGAUAUCCGCUCGAGAUGCACAUCAUCCAUCGGAACAAGAAGUACAAGAACGUCGCCGAGGCCCUCGGCUAUUCCGACGGCCUUACGGUGCUGGGCUUUUUCUACCAGGUCACCGAGCAGGACAGCCCCGAGAUAAACAGUCUCGUGCGCUCGUUCGGCCAGAUCAUCGACUACGAUCAGUCGAUUCAGCUGAACCACACCUUCACGCUGCAGUCGCUCAUCGACGGGAUCGACAUGACGCGCUUCUACACGUACAAGGGCUCGCUGACCACGCCACCCUGCUCGGAGGCCGUCACGUGGGUGGUUUUCCCCGACUUGCUGGAGCUUUCCGUCAACCAGAUGAAACGGUUUCGAACGCUGGACACCGGCAUCCAUGGAUCGCCGAUGGUAGACAACUACCGGGCGCUGCAACCGAUCGGCAACCGGCGGGUGUUCGUGCGUAAGGUUAACCCGCGGUUUACCACGCUGGAAGCGCUUGAGGCAGGCCAGCAUCACAGCAAAUGGGACUGGGUGUACUAGGGGCAGUGUGAGAUACGAAACACUUUAUUUAUGCAGUCGAAUCGGAGAUACAGUGCGUUUAUGUGCAUAGCAAGUAAGGAUUAUGCAAGCAUGCACCAUUCAAAUGUAUAGCAAACGCAAGUAAAAAUCUAAAAAAUACGCAAAACGUCCAUAGUGCCAUCAUAGUGUUGUCAGCGUCUUUAUUGAAAGACAAUCGUAAGAAAAUGAAUUAACUCUUAUGGAGAGGUAGAAGUAGUGCCUAACAUUUAAUGGCAACGAUAAACGAACGGUUAAAUUUGUUUUACAUCAUCAUGAACACUACUGAUACAUUAAGAUUUUAAAUAAAGAUACAAACGAGUUUACAAUA